AUGCCAAAAGAUGUCCCAAAACCGACGUGCUGCAUUCGCGAUCCUUCACGUGCUGUUGUCACUGGUCACUAUGGAACUCGUUUUAGUUCCAUAGCCAUUAUAGACGCACAAACACUUCUUAUACAGAAGUUUACUAUAGAAGGGAGUAAGCCUCCGGACGCAUGGAUUUACGCAGGGCGAGGCGAAAUCAAUCAAGAGAAUGGGAAGAAAGCCUUCAUAUUAGGAAGAGAUACACCGGAACAUCACUGUUCGAUUAGAGAGGACUGGGCCGAUGAGGACAUCGUUGUACGAUUGGGAGAAUACCAAACUGUUUACGAUAUUGAAUGGAUCAGCGUGUUCUGUUACAACUACUCAGUCGACUUCGCUCAUCUGCCAGUCAAACUGGACCAUACACGGGAUUUUGUGCCAGCCUACCUACCCGAGUUCAGGACAAUGGCUCCUUUCCGUGAAAGAAAGAGAAAAUGCGCUUAG